AUGGUGGUGAUGGUUGGUGGUGGCCGUGGUGGUGUUGGUGAUGGCAUAGUGGUGGUGUUGACGGCAGUGGCUGUGACGAUGGUGGUGGUGGUUGGUGGUGGUGGUGGUGGCAGGGGCGAUAAAGUGGUGGUGGUGGUGAUGACAGUGGCUACAGUGAUGAUAGUGGUUGUUGGUGACGGUGGUAGAAGUGGUGGUGGUGGUCGUGACAGCAGUGGCUGUGAUAAUGAUAGUAGUGGUGACAGUGACGGUUGUGGUGGCGGUGAUUGUGGCAAUGGCGGUGACAUAUUGGUGGUGGUGGUGGUGGUGGCGUGGUAG